AUGUUCAAGAAGACGAAGAAAGAUGGAGAUGACAAAAUCUUCCUCCCUUGUGGGUAUGGCUUCCGCGGGCCCGGAGGCAUCGUCUACCGCAACAAGUAUGGACGGGCGUGCUGCGGCGGGUGCCGCGCCAUCUAUGGCGAAGAUCCGGUGAAGCCCUGCCUCGAAUCACCGAACUGCGCGCGCUUUCAAUGCGAAAGGUCAAAGCCGAUCCAGAAUUCUGACCGCACAGUGAUCAAUGGCGAGUUUUUGACUGAUCAC